AUGCAGCCGCUCCUGCAGGACACCAUUGUCCUUCGAGGACUGUUCUUCGAUGCGCUCAGGCAUGGCAUGAAGGGGAGCUCGGAGAAAAAGAGGUUUAUGAAUCAGCCUAGCUGCCACAUUGAGGAGCAUGGAUAUAACACAAGGAACAUUGACUUCAAUGCUGCCUCAACAAACCUUGAAUGCAUCGAGGCAUUCAGUGAGAAUGUGAAGAAGAUCCUCUCUCUCUCGGAGAAGUAUGCUGAGCAACAUACUUCAAAGACUCUGCAGGACAUUGUCGACGUUGUGGAGAGAUCAUCGAUCGAGGAAGUCAAGAUCGUUGCGCGCAUCUUCGCCGUUCUCCUGUCACAGAUCAACAUUGCAGAGAGGCAUCACAGGUACCGCCGCUGGAGCAUGUAUAAGCGUCGUGAGAUCGCUAUCCUGCAUUUCUCGGAUGGUCAGCAUCAUCAGGCUGAUGACUGCUUCAAGAUGUUGAAGGAGAACGGCUUCACCCCUCAGAAGAUCCAUGAUUCUUUGUGCAAGCAGAACCUGGAGCUUGUCUUCACCGCGCAUCCCACCCAGUCUGAGAGGCGUAGCAUCUUGAAGAAGUUUGCGGCCUUGGACGCUGCUCUUGAGGCGCUGGACUUGCAUGGAGAAUCGCAGACCCCCCUACAGAAGGAGUUGAUCUUCAUGCGCCUCCAGCAGACUCUGCUGGCGAUCUGGAGAACGAACAACAUGAGGACGAUCAAGCCUUCGCCAGAGGAUGAAGCGCGCUAUGGCCUGAGUGUCGUCGAAGAGACUCUGUGGGAUGCGGUCCCGCAACACUACAGGAUUGUCGACGACUCGCUCCGAAGGCUGGGCCAGCCCCCCCUUCCACUGAACUGCAACCUCAUCACCCUCGGCUCGUGGAUGGGAGGAGAUCGCGAUGGAAACCCAUAUGUCACCCAUGACAUCACCAAGAAGAUCAUCUACCUCUCCAUGAUGCGAGCAUGCAGGCUGUACUACAACGAGGUCGAGAAGCUCCUUUGGGCGCUCUCUAUGACAGGAGAGCCGAGCAGCGAGGUGCUGGAAUGGCUUGCCGAGCAUCAGAACGAUUAUCACAAUGAGACUGUGGAAGUCGAAGGACGCGGCGGACACCAGACCAAGAACUGGGAUUUUUACCGCAGCGAGCAAACUGUGGAGGAGCCCUACCGUCAGGUCCUGGUGAUCGUCCGCGAGAUGCUUGAGAGGACGAUCAUUCGUGCUGAGGCCUUGUCCCAUGGUCGGGAGCCUCCUCCAGUCGACGGCAAGUGCUUCCGGACCACGGAAGAGCUGAUGAAGCCGUUCGCGCUCAUCUACGACAGUCUGGAGCAGUCGGGCGACCAUCUCGUCUGCCACGGCAAGCUCAAGGACCUCAUUCGCCGCAUCCGGACCUUCGGCCUCUACCUCGUUAAGCUCGACAUCCGUCAGGAGUCUUCCAAGCACGAGGAGGUCAUGGACGCUAUCACCUCGCACCUGGGACUCGGCCAGUACUCCACCUGGUCGGAGGAGACGAAGAUCCAGUGGUUGACCAACGAGCUGCUGAGCAAGAGGCCUCUGCUGGGCUCUCAGGACUUCAACUGUUCGCCGAUGGUGAGGGAGGUGCUUGACACGUUCAAGGUGAUCAUGAGCUGCAACGCUGAGCCGUUCGGCGCCUACGUGAUCUCCAUGACACAAUCUGCCUCGGACGUGCUCGAGGUUCACUUGCUGCAGAAGGAAGCGGGAUGCCGCCAGCACCUUCGCGUCGCCCCUCUCUUCGAGACCAAAGAGGAUCUCAUCAACGCGCCCAAGGCUUUGCUCGCGCUCUACAAGAACGAGUGGUACAGGAACCACUUCGAUACCGUCAACACCAAGUACCAGGAGGUCAUGCUUGGCUACUCCGACUCCGCCAAGGACGCGGGACGUCUGACGUCUGUCUGGGAACUUUACAAGGCCCAGGAGAGUCUCGUACAGAUCUCAGCGGAGCACAAGAUCCCACUCAACCUCUUCCACGGUCGUGGGGGUUCAGUGGGGCGAGGAGGAGGACCUCAGUACCUUGCGAUCCUCUCUCAGCCCGCGGGUUCGAUCAACGGGUCGCUGCGGGUGACCAUUCAGGGAGAGGUGAUCGAGAACUACUUCGGGUCCCACAGGUCGUGCGAGCUCACGUUCGAGCGAUACACCACUGCCAUCCUCAAGGCGACGCUGACGCCUCCCGCCCCUCCCUCGGACCUGUUCAGGGAUGUGAUGCAGCGAAUGUCGGAGACGAGCUGCGCGGCCUACAAGAAGAUCGUGUACGACACCCCGGGCUUCGUCGACUACUUCAGAGCCAUCACGCCCGAGCAGGAACUGAAGACCUUGAACUUCGGCUCCCGUCCAAGCAAGCGAGCAAAAGGUGGAAUCGAGACGCUCAGGGCCAUUCCAUGGAUGUUCGCAUGGACGCAGAUGAGGCUGCACAUGCCGGUCUGGUUCGGCGUUGGCUCAGCCUUCAAGAGCGAGAUCGACGCAGGAAACCUUGACACUCUCCGCGAGAUGUACGCCAAGUGGCCCUUCUUCCAGUCGACAGUGGAGCUCGUCGAAGCCGUCCUCUCCAAGGUGGACGUUGAGAUCACGAGACUGUACGAGAAGAUGCUCGUCCCUGCCGACGUGCUCUACAUCGGCGAGAUGAUCUACAAGGAGCUCGACAUGUCAAUCGAGUGCGUCAAGAUGAUCACGGGGCGCGAGAAUCUUCUCUCAAACAACCCCAUCAUCAAGCGACUCUACGACAUCAGGAGACCCAUGACGGACCCGCUCAACAUCCUCCAGGCGAAGGUCCUGAGGGACAUGCGUAUGCACGAGAAUCCUCCGCAGGAGCUCCAGGAGUCUUUCGCUGCCACCGUCCAGGGGAUCGCAGCGGGGAUGGGAUGGACUGGAUGA